AUGGCCAAGCUUCUCAAAAAAAAGUCGCAUGUUUCAGAUGAAGCGGACGCAACAGAGGAGACAAGGGAAAUAGUCGGUGUGUGGAACCACAGCCACAAGCGCGCCCCAAAAGGUCACCGUCGCCGGUGGCCCGCGGGCCAAACCUGGCAACGUGAAAAGCGCAAAAGAAACCCAAACCACCGAAAGCAGCGGGUCGGUCCCGCGCACCCGUGGCGGUCCGGGGAACAUGGGGUGGAGAUGGCGCGGCGACGGGGCCGCGCGGAUAAGGCCGCCAUGCGUUUGCUCCUGGUUUGGAGAAACUGUGCUGAGGAUUACAGGAACCCUGUAUCAAUAUGGCUUCCAAGGCCACCGGGGGGAUACGUAGCUCUUGGGUGUGUUGCUGCCCCUUCAUUCGAGGAGCCCCCUCUUGACUGUGCUUUCUGUGUGGAUGAGAGACUCACGGAGGAUGCCGAGUAUGAGGAGCAAAUCAUAUGGGCGUCAUCUGAUGCUUACCCAUGGGGAUGCUAUAUCUACCAAAUUCAGAGCGCCUCACUGCAGUUCAUGGCACUUCGUGUCCCAAAAGAAAAAUCUGAGCUAAGGCCCAAGAAGAUGUUGGAGUCAUCACUUUUUGCUUCUGUAUACAAGAGCAUCAAUGAGAACUUUGCACUACCCCUUGGCUAUGACCUGGUUUGGAGAAACUGUGCUGAGGAUUACAGGAACCCUGUAUCAAUAUGGCUUCCAAGGCCACCGGGGGGAUACGUAGCUCUUGGGUGUGUUGCUGCCCCUUCAUUCGAGGAGCCCCCUCUUGACUGUGCUUUCUGUGUGGAUGAGAGACUCACGGAGGAUGCCGAGUAUGAGGAGCAAAUCAUAUGGACGUCAUCUGAUGCUUACCCAUGGGGAUGCUAUAUCUACCAAAUUCAGAGCGCCUCACUGCAGUUCAUGGCACUUCGUGUCCCAAAAGAAAAAUCUGAGCUAAGGCCCAAGAAGAUGUUGGAGUCAUCAUUUGUGCAGCGAGCAUCAGAGACUCCAUGUCAAGACCAGCAAACGUGCCGUGCAUGA